UUCGCCUAUAUUCAGCAAAUUGGCUAAUAAUAUAACCCACGAAUACAUUAAACAGAUUUCUUGAAUACAUUUUUAUCCGGCAAGUAGACGAUACAAACACUGUCUAUUAUCGUUGCGUACCGUGCCACUAUACAUGACGUCAUAUGUGUGCGACGCACCACAACCCCCCCCCCCGAGGAAAUACAGGGAGGCAGUUUAGUAAUCGCUACGGCGUUAAAAUGUGUAAAGUCCGAAUGCUGCGGACGUUGGUGAAGCAGCGACUGAACGUGGCCGUCGAGGAGAUAUUUGAACUGCUCGAGAGGACGAUCACGGAGUACGAGGAGGAACUUUGUCGAAGCAAAGAGGAGAACGAGCGACAACGCGAACUAUUGGACGCUGUUCUCAAGCCUCAGGUUGGGCUACGCAGCGCAGACAUCCAGCAGGUGUUGGCGGAGAGUCAAGAUGAGGUUCCCUCUGACCACGAGCGGCAAGAGUGGGGCUCCAAUGUGCACGUUAAAGAAGAAGAGGAGGAGGAGGUCAUGUGGGGCGGACAGGACGUCGCCGCCGUCACAUCGAUUGGCGUCCCUGUGACGAGUGAAGGGGACCGAGCUCCAGCCUCACCGCUUCGACACAGUGAGGAGACCAGAGGCGGCGGCUCAAGUCAACACCGUGGUGGAUCCCGACCAGAGAAGUCAGCUACGGAAGACAGGAUGUCACAUUCUUCUGACGACGACACCAGAAAGACUAAUAAGAGCUCACACGGCGAUGCCAGUCCGUUUAUCUGCUCUGACUGCGGGAAGACAUUCGUCCAGAAGUUCACUUUGAACAGACACAUGAGGAUACACACGGGAGAAAAACCUUUCGGCUGCACGGUUUGCGCUCGGAGCUUCUCGAGGAAGUCGGAAAUGACCGCGCACGUGUUGUCGCACACGGGUGAGAAACCUUUCAAGUGCGCCGUGUGCGCCAAAACGUUCUCGGUGAAGAAAUACAUGAUGGCACACAUGAGGACGCAUUCCGGAGAGAAACCUUUCACCUGCUCGGUUUGUGCGAAAGGUUUCUCCACGAAAGCGCAUUUGAAGAUACACACCAGGACGCACACCGGAGACAAACCUUUCAGCUGCGAAGUCUGCCACAGAAACUUCACGAGGAAAACCGAGAUGAUGACUCACAUGGCCACGCACACGGGCGAGAAGCCUUUCGACUGUUCCGUUUGCGCCAAACGUUUCUCGGCCAAGAAAUAUCUGAUGAUGCACGUGAAAAGACACACGGCGGGGAAACCUUUUACUUGUCCUGCGUGCGCUAAAAACUUCUCCAGCAAAGCUUAUGUCAUGAUACACAUGAGGACGCACACCGGGGAGAGACUGUUCGGCUGCGACGCGUGCGAUCAAACAUUCACGUUUAAAAGCCAGCUCGACAGCCACGUGUGUACUGGGGACAAAAAGAGCAAUAACGACAGUUUGGGACUUUGAAUGUUUUGCUCAAAUGCAUAUUAGACACUUUGUGAUAAACUCUGUAGUCGUAUUAAGGGUGCAUCUCAAUACAGUGGUACCUUGACUUACAAGUGACCAGACUUGUGAGUUUUUCAUGAUGUGAGCCAUCGCCUUUGUUUGAUGGUUUUUGCUUUGACUCGUGAGCUGAAUUGCCACUCACUCUUGAAGUUUACUGACAAACUAAACAAAACAAAGAGAA